GGACGCGGAGCAUGCUGAGUACAAGCAAUGAAUUUACAGAUGUAGUCUGGAAUGUAUGGGCUGCCCGUAAAUACUGAGCGUGCGCAAGAAUCCGGUUGGAAAACUUAAUACCAUCUGUCUUUCUUUUGCUGGAGAGGGUGUACUUCAGCUAAGGGCGGAUUCCACAAAAAUGGAAUCAUCUCACAAAAGUUACCUUGGAAACGGAUAAGAAAGUGUUCAGAUAUUUUUAGAAAGGACUUUAAAAUUAGUAGGUUUAUAAAUAGGCACCUCAGCCCCAGUUAUUGCUAAAAAUAGCAUCAAGUGCCUUAUUUCAUUGGCAGUUCGAGGGUAGUGUAUUUAUUGUGCUAGAUAAUAUGCGGACAUUGGCAUCAUUGAAAUUAUAAAUAGCCACAUGGUGAUAAAAAGAAAGAAAGGAAAAAAUAGGGUGGAAUUGAUGAUCACGUGAAUAACAAAGGCACCCAGCGGGGUAUGGAUGAAGCUGUUUUGACAGAAGGGAUCAUUCUACAGGCAGACCAUAUCUAGUUCCUCUGCAGACAGGACAGGGCGAGGUGCUGCUCCAGCCAUCUGCAAACAUCACCCAUCUCCAAGCAGCCAUCUUCCCAGCAUAUUGCACAGUGAGAGAGAGAGGGUUGCAAUAACUACUGCACUGGUGCAUGUACCUCCAUGAAUGAAGGACAGUCCUCCCACUCCCAGGAGAUCUGUUCGUCCAGGAAUCAGGCCCACAGUGGCCUUGACACAGGAAACGUGAUUGAACACUUCCAGAUUUGGCCAGUCUCAAUAGAUAGACGUACCGGUAAAACAAAGCAGUGAACUUGAAGCAGACAGCUAGCUGCACUCCACAUUCUGAGGAAGAUUUAUACUGUCUUGUUAAUGCUGCAGCACAGUGCCUCAGGAUGUUAGAGCAUUCAUUGCAGAAUAUUUUGUUGGAUGCCAUGUACAUGUACAGGGCACCAGUACAUGUAUCACCUUGAAUUCCUCUGUGGACCAGUCCUAACUUGCAAGAUCUGCAAGCUUGAGGGUAUAGUCACUACAGUACAGUAACAAAGACACUGGGCUAGCCCACGGAAGUCAGAACACACAAUACAAACCAGGCACCAGUCUAAUGUGGAUGCACAUUGUGAAAGUGUAACCCUCACCUUUCUCCGUUGCUCCAGUGCCUGUAGGCUGUACAGUUUCAUUCAUCUCCUGAAAAGCAGAGACUGCUGCAUGGUGUCUUCUGGAGACAAGACCAAAUGCUGUUGAAUACCUGACAGAUGCAAAUACUAAUACUAUUCUGUAAUGGUAUUGCUUUCUCAUCUGCUGACUAUCAGAGAUGUAUUUCUGCUAAGUCAACUUGAAAUUCGACUCGUGACAAGCGAUUUUUUUUUUUGCUUGGAGUUCAAGGAUAUUUCCUGGUAGCCAUCUUUACGUCAUGAUGUCCAGUCUUUUUCCUUCCAUGAACAGCAUGAAGGUGACAUUAAUGAGCAUGGCAUGCGCCGAGAGUGACACGUUGCUCAUUAUUGGGGAUGCGUUCAUCAUUGUUGCCAUGGCGAUUGUGAUGGUUGUGGUGUUACUGAAACAUCUGAUGAGCCUGUAGGCUGCUGAGUCGCUCACUUACCCAGUGAACGACCAAAUAUGCUAGGUGUAAUCUGUGACCUGAUGGAAUGCAGUGUGUGGCCACGUACAUGUACAUGUAAAAGAGUUGACCCCAGGCCAAGUCUCUUGUGGUGUGCAUUCAUGGUAAAAUGUGCAAGACUUGGUGUGAUUCUUAUCCGUCAAGUCUUCAUUUGUCAUCUGUCCUGGAACCAGGGGGAAGGUACCAGCAAGUUUGAUGAUGAAUUAUGCAUGAGUCGCAAACCUCCAUCCAUGAAGAAAUGUGUAGCAGAACGGCAGUGUCAAGUGCAGAUUUCACUGUGAAGUAAGCUGAAUUGUGUUGCAGACAGACGUGUGUACAUGUAUGUGGGUGUACACAAGUACAUGUAGUUAAAUUGUAGUUGAACUGAACAUGUAUUGUAAAGUGGCAGGACUGAAUGAUUUCUUCAGCGUCGAUGUACAAACGGUACAUGUACACACUGUACUUUAAUUAAAAUAUCUCGGAGCAGUUUUCCACUCGACUUGGUUCUUUAAGUUAACUGAUCUCAAGGAGUGACAGUUGAUUUUGGAUUGAAGGGCUGUGAAGUCUGCGUCUGUCAGAUUUGAUUGAUUUUGGAGCGAGGCCAUCUGUUUUGAUUACCUUCAAACAUGAUCCCAAGGAUGCAGUUCACUAGUCACUGUGCGUCUUCCUGCAUGGAUGGCUGUUGUGAACAGUGCGGGGAGGAGUUUGCCAACUGUGUCUGCCGUCACGCAAGGCGAACACGGUCCAUCAAUGCGCCGUCACCGUCGCCAUCAUUUGGGCCGAAGGCGCAGCUGAAGAAAGUUCCUCCGUCUCAGAUAAUGCAUGUGACUGACCCAUCUGGUCAGAAAUUGGUUUGGAAAUGCCCUCCCUUUUCUGUCCUUGUCAUCAAGAAGAUCAUGGAUGACUCUGUCUUGGGACCCUUCAAGGAACUCACGCGAUGGCUUUGUGAGGAGAAGAACCUCUUGAUCUACAUUGAAUCCAAGGUAUUUGACGACCAGGACCUACUCAACGAUCAAGACUUUGCUCCGGUCCGAGCCAAGAUGAAGACCUUCAACGAAGGUGCGGAUUUGAGCAACAAGAUUGACUUCAUUCUUUGCCUUGGUGGAGACGGCACAUUGCUGUAUGCUUCAUCUCUUUUCCAGGAGGCCAGUGUUCCCCCAGUCAUGGCAUUCCAUCUGGGCUCUCUCGGUUUCUUGACGCCAUUUGAAUUUGAAGAUUUCAAGGAAUCUGUGAAUACGCUCUUGCAAGGUGAUGCAGCCGUAACGCUACGGAGUCGUUUAAAAUGUCUGAUCUUCGAUAGCAAUGACAUCCCCAAUGGCUUUGACAAUGACCGUAACGGCGACCCUCACCAGAUUAUACCUGCCAAGAAGCAAGACCCGCCCAACCUGAAGUUCAAAUUCCAGGUGCUGAAUGAUGUUGUCAUCGACAGGGGCCCCUCCCCGUACCUCUCAAACAUUGAUCUGUACUUGGACGGUCGGAAGGUGACGACCGUGCAAGGCGAUGGUUUGAUCAUCUCCACACCGACGGGAAGCACGGCCUACGCUGCGGCAGCAGGUGCCGCCAUGAUGCACCCUAACGUGCCCGCGAUACUCAUCACCCCUAUCUGCCCCCACACGCUGUCUUUCAGGCCCAUCGUGGUCCCCGCUGGAGUGGAACUCAGGUUAAUGGUUGCCCCAGACGCCCGGCAUACAGCUUGGGUAUCGCUAGACGGCAGGAACAGGCAAGAACUUCACAAAGGAUGGUGUCUUCGGAUUACCACCUCAGUCUUCCCAGUAGCUUCUAUCUGCAGUGCUGACCAGAUCAGCGAUUGGUUUGAUGGCCUGACCGAAUGCCUACACUGGAACACCCGCCAGCAGCAAAAAGCCCUGAAUGCUCCCAGGAAGGGCAAUAAGAACGCAAAGCCAGUCAGUAAUUGAAUCUUGUCCCGUCGGCAGGUCAGUCUUGAAAUAUUUGCCAGAAAGGUUGUGAUCAAUGUGAGCUAUGCAAAAUUACGCUUGAAUGUGUAAAUUCUGGAAUCAGUGCACAAAAUAAGCUUUCACAAUCGUGAAAUACAUUUUGCACCCUUUGAAACAGUUUCUUGUGGUAAGGCCAGGGCUUAAAUGUUUCGCAUUUUCAGCUAGGUUUUGAGCUUGUGUCCAAAAUAUUUCCACAUGCCAAUAUACAGAACAUACAAUCAUCGGGAAAGUUUACUUCAUUUGGAAAACCAGUUCAUAUAAAGUGUAGAAGUACAACUUGAACUGUCUGGGAAGAAUUUCUAUUUGGGAAUUAGAGUGAAACUUGGACAGCAAAUACUGUGCAAAUAGCUUUCCGAAAGUAAUAAAACUUAAUUCAUGAAUAUUCAAAUUUUGCAUUGUGCAGUUUUGAAACAUUCAUGGUUGCAUGUACUUCAAUAUGGCUGUUUUGGGGAGAAAGUGGUAUCCCCGUUUCCAAGGGGAGUUCGCAUUUCCUUUGUGUUUGAUGAAUUGAAGUCAGGAUUCAUGGAUUUUGAUAUGAAAAGCUUAAGCAGAAAUCCGUAAUUUUCAAUGGCAUGGAAAUGACUACAUUUUUAAAGGAUUCUUGUAAGUACCCUGCCACUUCCAACAUUCAAAUCUUUCCAUAUUUCCAUUACAAAUAAACUGGUGAAAUAAUUUUGUUAUCACAGGAAAAAUAUUUACAUUUUCUGUAAUUUGUUAUACAAAUCUUGGCCCUAUAUGUAUAUUUGUUACAUUUUAACUUGUGAAGCACUUUGCAUAUAUCUUGCUGUAAAUUUUGUGGUGCAUAUAUUUCCCUACAAUGGUUUGAAAUUCAACCCUGAAUCUCUCAAAAUGUAAUUGCAGUUCAAGCAUUUCCUCGUCAAGCAGAAAUAUCAAAGAUUUUUGGAGAUUCGUGGCAUGGAAGUUGAAAGGAAAAUGUGCUGUGUGUCUCUGCAUACAUGUACACGUACCUAGGACAAGUAGCUGCACUAUAUUUACUUUGUAAUAAACUUGCCAAAGUAGGAACUUGCAAUAGAGAUGUAAAUGUAAACCGUACCACUUGGACCUUGGCACAAUUUUUUAAAUUCUGAAAUGAAUGUCAAUCUGCCUACUGCUGGAAGUGAUUACCCUUUAUCAAAGCAUGAGGAUAAUUAUAUUUAUUUUUUUGAAUCUUUCACUUGGUCAUUUCUUUCAAUGUUUGUGUAAAUAUCUUCUCUACCAGAAAACACAUUUCAAAUGCAUUGCACAAAACUAACUUUCAUAUUGUGGGAUACUUAACUCAGAUUUUGGAAAUGAAGUUGUAUAAGAGGAGAGGAGUUAUGCAGUUGAUAGUUGCGACAAAUCUUAGAUUGAGCUCAGCUUCUUUUUAGAGGCUGGCUUGCGACAAGGGCAACUUUACUUUUUUGUAUCCAUUGAAGUGGAUACUUUUGACCACGAGCCAAGAGCAGGGCCCAAUUUCACAGAGCUAUGCAACAGUUAGCAGAAAAAUUGUGCUAACUUAAGCAGAAAUAAUCUUGCUAACCUUAAGCACUAUUUCAUGGCUGUGCUUGGUGUGGUGGUGCUAACGGUUGUGCGUGCAUUUCUGUUAUAACCUCACCAAGUUUAAGACAAUUUCUUCUCCAAGGUUAGCAUGCCUUUGGCUGUGCUUACUGCUUACGGUCUCCAUGAAAUACGUGGAGCCUCAGUUAGCAUGAAAUGGCGUGCUAAGCAGCACUGUGAAAUUGGGCCUACAUCUAUCAGUCAAUCAUUCUGAGUGUAUGAAGGCUACGUGCAGGACAAAGCUAAGGUUUAAACAAGCAUGGUUGCAAUAGUUGUGUUACUGACAACAAACAGUACUGCCGGUAUUAAAUUGGAGCUCUGCCGUUAUCUCAAAGGGAAAAGUAAUAAAUUUAUGGAGGAUUAGCUGCCAAGGAGGAUUAGCUGGAGGAUUUGCCUCCAAGAGACAUGGCAAAGAUAUCUCUCUAAAUCCAAAUUAUUUUUUGGAGCAUUUCUGUGUUAUUUCUGAUGUGAGUUGCUUAAAACACUUUUGGGGUAAUUGCACUGUUGGGAUCUGUCAGUAAUAUCAUCAUAGUUGAGUCAUCAAAAAGUCUACAAAUGUAAUCAGAAUUCUUCCCAAGUACACAUUCUCUUCAGACUUGCAUGGAAGUACCAGUUUUGUAAUGAUCAGAGGAUGGACUCUUGUCCAGGACUCUUUGUGUGGCUUGGCUGUAAAAAGAUACUGAUGGAACAGUGUAAAAGUGAGAAGUUUUUUUCCUAGUGGUCACAUAUCAGGCUGCGGAAGAGACUAGUGAAUUUUUUUACAAUGUUUCCUGUCAUGAAUAUAGUUACUUCAAUUCCGACUCGACAGUUUUAAUAUCUUGGGGUUUUUAUACUUUGAAUUGUAAAUACCAGUAUUUUUGUAUCAAGUAGGAUUUGUUCAGUCUUUAAUAAAGCAAAAGCUGUUACCUGUA